AUGCACGCGCUUGGCGCGGCCGCGCAACAGCGGUGGCUGUUCGGGGCGGCCGUGCUCCGUGGGAGGUCCGAUUCUCCAUCGCGCGGGCGGGCCACGGCCGGUCCAGGGAUGCAUCGAGGCGAGCUAACCAUCUUAUCUUAUCUUAUCUUAUCUUAUCUCGCACCGCCUCUGCAGCUCCACUUCUACGCGCAGUCCUGCCCUCGAGCCGAGACCAUCGUCCGGCAAGUCGUCCAGCACCGCGUCGCGCAAGACCGCUCCGUCCUCCCCGCCCUCAUCCGCCUGCAGUUCCACGACUGCUUCAUCAGGGGCUGCGAUGGCUCGGUACUCAUCGACAGCGCCGGCGGCAAUGUGGCCGAGAAGGAGGCCGAUCCCAACCUGACGCUGAGGAUGCUCGACGUGAUCGACGACGUCAAGGCUGCCCUCGAGACGGCAUGCCCCGGCGUUGUAUCGUGCGCCGACAUUAUCGGAUUGGCCGCGAGGGAUGCUGCGGCCAUGGCGGGGAGGGUGCGGUACCAGCUGCCCACCGGGAGGCGCGACGGGACCGUCUCCAGCGCGGCCGAGGUUCAUCUGCCCAGCCCGUCCGUGUCGUUCGCCGACGCUCUGUCGGCCUUCAGUAACAUCGGCCUCGACGUGGUUGAUCUCACCACCUUGCUGGGUAGGUGCACUCCUUUACUGAACAUUUCACGAAGUCCAUAGUUUAAAAUUAACAAUUUGACAUUCUAAAGAGCGGUAAAUUUAAACAGGU